AUGCCCCCAACUUUACGGGUUUCACAGCCGGGAUCACUGUUCGCCAAGGCGUUCCAGGCUCCCGACCACCCAACGGGCGGUGGAGUUAUGGUGCACAAGUGGGGCCGGUUGAUGCCGUCUUAUCUCACGCUGUUCAUCGAGUCAACGGAUGCCUUCGAGGCAAAAUCAUUGAAAAUUCCACCCCCGUCCUCAUCUUCGUCCCCCUCCCCCAACCGAUCCGCUGGUCUUCGCGCGCAGCAGACGCCCGCAUCGACCAUACAAACACCUCUAGGCAAUCUCGAGAGGGGAGGGAGCCCGCAGCGUACCACGUCCGAUAACCCGUCCGACAAUCCACCCGACCAGAUCGAGUUGCAACCGUACCCGGCAGCCGCCGAGAAGUACCGCGAAUUUGCAAGCCAGCGCCAGCACAAGUACGACGUCAAGCGGGCCGAGAAGCGCAGGUGGCUCGAGCAGCAGGACGAGAUGAAGUUCUCCCACAGUAUCCAGUUCAACGCCGUUCCAGAUUGGAGCAACCACUACAUUGCAUAUAGCAAUCUCAAGAAGCUAAUAUACCAGCUCGAGAAAGCCAUCCACCAACCAGCCGGCGAUGCCGAGUCCCGACCACUGAUACAAGAUGACGAUCCCGAAGCCGUCUUUAGCCGCGCCCUCGACGUCGAGCUAGAAAAGAUCACCUCUUUCUACGUCCUCAAAGAGAACGAGCUGUUUGAGGAGGUGGACCUGCUCCUCAAGGAUGCCGAGGAGUUCGAGGAAGAAGCUGGCGUCGAGGAGGUUCGCCCACCCACUCGCAGCAUCGAGAGGACAAGUUCAAAUCCGGGGCGGCUUCGGAGAGACAGCACGCGCAGCCAGCUAUCUACCGAGGAUGGCAUGGAAGAUAGCGACGAGGAAGGGGACGAGGAGACGGGUCUCACUAGCAAGAGGCGGAGCAGAAGCUUCGGAGGGCGCGGGGGUAUGCGAAGUUCCAUGAUGACCGACAUGACGGCAUCAACGGACUUCACGCGGUCGAUGCGGAGAAUGAGCAUGAACUACGACGACUACGCUGAGCAGGCCGUUCUCUUCUCAUCCGGGAUCAUGCUCAAGAAGCGGAUGAUCAACAUCUACGUCCAGCUGUGCGAGCUCAAAUCGUAUAUCCAGCUGAACCGAACCGGCUUCAGCAAGGUCAUAAAGAAGUUCGACAAGAUCAUCGACCGCCGGCUGAGGCCCAAAUACAUGAGCACAUUUGUCGACACCGCCUACCCCUUCCGCGCAGAUACGACGAGGGGCCUGGAAGAGCGGAUCACGCAGAUGGUGCAGGCGUACAGUGUCAUCGUCACCAACGGUGACUCAGAGACUGCGAUCCGGGAUCUCAGAUCGCACCUGAGAGAGCACGUCGUAUGGGAACGAAAUACCGUCUGGAGAGACCUGAUCGGAUUGGAACGGCGAGCCGAGGCUGCCAGCCUGGGCCAUACCCUUCUCGGGGUUGACGCUGAUGCUCAGAGGACGCGGCUGCAAGGUGAUGAUGAGCUUGUUUUGCCGACUAAGGAGAUAACGACCCCCCUGGGCCGCUUCGUUUGCCCAACAUGGUUGCUCACUUCGACGACGCUCACCCUUGUUAUCAUCCUCGCCCUCUUCUUCACUCUUCUCUACAUUCCCAUCAUGGAGAAAGCCGAGCAGCAGAACUGCCUGGCUAUGCUGGUGCUCGUCAGCUUGCUCUGGGCCACCGAGGCGCUCCCCUUGUUCGUCACGUCGCUCCUCAUUCCUUUCCUAUGCGUCGUCCUUGAGGUCUUCCGCGACAAGGAGAAGCCGCACGCGAGGCUGGGUGCUAAGAAGGCCACUGACGCCGUCUUCGCCGCGAUGUGGACGCCUGUCAUCAUGCUCCUGCUCGGCGGCUUUACCCUCGCAGCAGCGCUUUCCAAGUGCGGCAUCGACAAGCGCAUCGCCACCUUCGUCCUCAGCAAAGCCGGCACGCGCCCCAAAACGGUUCUCAUCGCUAACAUGGCCGUUGCCGCUGUCGCCAGUAUGCUGAUCAGCAACGUCGCGGCACCCGUCCUUUGCUUCGGUAUUAUCGAGCCCAUGCUCCGCAAUCUGCCCGCCGGCUCCCCUAUGUCCAAGGCCGUCAUCAUCGGCAUCGCCCUGGCAUCUAAUAUUGGCGGGAUGCUCUCCCCGAUCGCCUCGCCCCAAAACGUUGUCGCCAUCGGCAUCAUGGAGCCGCCGCCCACCUGGGGUCAGUGGUUCUUCAUUGCCAUCCCGGUCGGCAUCAUCUCCCUCUUCUUCAUCUGGCUGCUCCUGCUCUUGGCCUUCAAGCCCGGCCGCGGCACCACCAUCGUGCCCGUCCGGCCCGUGCGCGACCCCUUCACCGGCGUGCAGUGGUUCGUCUCGGCCGUGACCAUCGCCACCAUCGGUCUGUGGUGCGCCUCGCACAGCCUGGAGAACGUCUUUGGCGACAUGGGCGUCAUCGCCAUCAUCCCCAUCGUGCUCUUCUUCGGCGUCGGCAUCCUGACCAAGGAGGACUUCAACAACUUCCCCUGGACCAUCAUCAUCCUCGCCGCCGGCGGCCUGUCCCUCGGCAAGGCCGUCAACUCGUCCGGCCUGCUGCACACCGCCACCCGGGCCAUCACCGAGCAUGUCGAGAACUACAGCCUGUACGGCAUCCUGGUCGUCUUCUCGGGCCUGAUCCUCGUCAUCGCCACCUUCAUCAGCCACACCGUCGCCGCCCUGAUCAUCCUGCCGCUGGUGUACAACGUCGGCAAGGGCCUGGACGAGCCGCAUCCCAACCUGCUGGUCAUGGCCGGCGUGCUGAUGUGCAGUGCCGCCAUGGCGCUGCCGACGAGCGGGUUCCCCAAUAUGACCGCCAUCAUGAAAGAGGACCCCGCCGGCCAGCGCUACCUAAAGGUGAAGCACUUCAUCCGGGUCGGCGUGCCGAGCAGCAUCAUCUCGCUCGCCGUGGCCGUCACGGUGGGAUAUGUGGCGAUGAGAGUCACAGGCAUGUAAUAAAUGAAUUGGGGAGAACGAGGCAUUGGAUUGGGAAGAUGAUUUGGUUAAAGAGAGACCGAGCACCACCUCCCUGGGGGAGAGAAAGGCAAAUUUGGAUUGGAAAGGCGCGUGGGGGGGGGGGGGGCUCCAUUUGUUACAAUACACUACAACAACUACAUGAGGUGCAUGGCGGGGUUGGGAGGGGGCCGGGUUUUGUUCGUUUGAAGAGGGCGUCUCUCUUUGUUUCUUUCUCUUUGUCCCUCCGAAAUACCCGCGGAUAGAAUAGUAUCGGGAGGCGCGGGCCCUGGAGGCGGGCGGACAUACCGACAAUGGCUCUUGAGGAGUUGAUAAUUCGUUCAGUGUCACCUUUUUCUCUGGCUG